AUGGACUGUUCUGAGUCAAAGCUGAAAAGGCUUGUUUCUCUUGAAGAGGUCGAAUUUGACGCUGAUAUCGCUGGGCCAGGAGUACUAGCUGCUUUCCUAGUCACGUCGUUGAUAGCAUUAGCUGCCCUAAUUCUCGCUUUUCUUACGCUUUCAGUACCUGAGGGUCUUCUAAACUCCGGAGAUGCCGUGAUCGCUGCUGGGGCGCGCCGGACUUACCACCAACUAAGGGCCAAAUUCCCCAAGACCAAACGGGCCAAGGUUGUCGAAAGUAAAACCGAGCGGACUCACGCCUUCAUGGCCUUCAUGAUUGCUAUAAGUGAUCAGAUACUUGUCUCCCAGGCCUCCAUCUUAAUCGCAGCUCUCAUUAUUCACGACGACAUCACCAUUUAUUCCGCCAACAUUGUGAUCGCCCUAGGGUGUCUCGCAUCGACGGUUCACUUGGGUAGUUUCCCAUUCUACAUAGACCGUAUCAAAAACCAUAGCUUCGCCAAACUCAUUCGUGUCCUCGCUAUGGUUACCGGCUCGGGGAUGCUUGUCUUCAUGCUCGUUGUGCAACUAUCAUACACCUGGGAUAUGGAGAGCCACGUCUAUUUUACUUGCACACUACAUGAUUAUCGGAUAAGUGAUGGUUUCGUCACGGGGACUUUUGUUCCAAUAGCAGUACUUUAUGGAACGUAUGAGAUUGUUCAGCUUCUGUAUCGCGAACAGCCAGUCGAUGACAAGUCUAAUGGACCUGAUUCUAAAGGAAGAACCCCUGUUGCACGACGAAAUCGGCCAGACUUCGAUGAUCAGCAGGCCCCAAACCAUGAGGGUAUCGAACUUCAAACGCUUGCCAGGCUAGAAGAUCAAACCAUUCCAGAGAGUCAUCAGGAGCAUAGCGAUAUAGAAGUCGAAAGUCAGACGAUCGUUACCAUGUUGCAGCUGAUCUCGGAUAGCAACAUAGAGAUGACGACAGAAAACGAGAUGGAGUAUCAACAUCAAAGAUCCGCGCUAUUGAAGCCGAAGGUCGCAAAGAUCAAACUUAAAGAGCUACUUAAAGAAAUAAGAGAGUCCAAACGGGAGCAACUCCUGAACAGAUGGCAGAAGCUCGAAGCUCUUACGAUCUUGACCUCGAAUGCAGGAUCACCUAGCAGGAUUAGACACCUUGUCAUAUUGACAGCAGAAACAUGGGCAUUCCACCAAUGUCGCGGGUCCUUCGCCUGGAGAUUGUUCUGGCUCUGGUCAGGCAAUGUCUACGGGAUCGUGACAAUUUUCACUUCGCGCGCUAUAACAACAGGCAUGUCAGGCAAUCCUAACAAGAUGGGAUUCGGCCAGGUUGUGCCAUUGACUCUGCUUGCGCUCCCGAUAUUUGCGGCUAUGGAGAGCCACGCCGGUAACGUGUACUUAUCACUCUAUUCCUGGGUACUCUCUGACAAUAGGGCCAGAUUAUAA